AAAUAAAAUGGGUUCACUCCUUUGAAGAAGAGAAGCAUCUACCUUUGACUAUCAAAUCGAAGAGUAUGCCAAAAUUAAUGAUGACAUCAACAAAGCUGUAAAUUUGGUCAUGGAUGACGGUCACCUUUCCAGCAAGCUUUUGCUGAGGUUUAAAUGCCAGAAUUUGCCAAACAUGGACUUCAUGUCUCUUACAGAUGCCUUCUUGGUCCUGUACGAAAAUAAGAGAGGCUCAAAUUGGGAAGAAGUCGGUAGAACAGAGAUCAUCGAAGAUAGCCUUAAUCCUGAGUUUGUCACUCCUAUCGAGCUUGUUUACUAUUUUGAAGAAAACCAGAAAUUCAAAAUUGUAGCCUAUGACGCUGAUGAAUUUGAAAACAGACGUCUCGAUAUCAGCAAAGCUAACUAUAUUGGAGAAGCAGAGUUUGAAAUACAAAAAUUAAUCUCUGCUCGUCACGGAGUUUUUGAAACUAAUUUUAAUGAUCCCAAUAAGGCAUUCAACUCUGCUCUCGGACUUGUGGUCAUCACUUAUGAAGAAGGAAGGAGUGCUCAUAAUCAAGUCCUAGAAUUUAAUCUCACAGCAGAAAAUAGUGAUUUUUCUCCAGGAAAUGGCUACUUUUUUAUAGUUGGAAAGAAGGAUAUCAAAAAUCCUCUAAACUUUAUCCCUAUCAUGAGAUCAGAGAUUCUCAAAUAUGGAGAUGACAAUACAUGGAAGUUGACCUCAAUCUCACUCUCCUCUCUAGUAACUGGAAAGAAGGAUAACUCAUCUAUUGAUGAGAUUACCUUCCAGGUUUCUCUCUAUAGGCACAGUAAGAGUGGAAACCAUAAGCUAAUGGGCAACUUUGUGAGCUCUAUCAUGGAAUUCAUUGAAGAUAACUCUAUGAUCACAAUCAACGGGCAAAAAGGAGAGGAGUUUUACAUCAGUAAAAGUAAUACCAAACUUGAGACUGUUUCAAGCUUCCUUGAUUACAUCAACGCAGGGCUAGACAUGAACCUGAUCUGUGGUAUAGACUUCACUGGGUCUAAUGGGGAUCCGAAUAUGCCCAAAUCUUUGCACUAUAUCUAUAACCCUCAGAAUCAAUACCUUGCUGCGACUCUUGAAGUUGGAAAAAUCCUUCUAAAUUUUGACAAUGACAAGCAAGUUCCAAUGUUUGGAUUUGGAGCAGUAAUUCCAAAAUAUUCCACUCAAGUGAGCCAUUGAUUUGCUAUGAAUGGAAAUAUCUUCAGACCAGAGGCAGAUAACAUCGCUGGAAUUCAAGAGUGCUACAAGAACAUAUUGAAAUCUAUCAGACUCUCAGGUCCAACGUAUUUUGCCCCCAUGUUAUCUAUGUGGAAUGAUAUGGUUCAAUUUGAGUAUACAAAGAACAAGCUAAAGUAUUACAUCUUCCUUAUUCUCACUGAUGGAGUUAUACAUGACAUUGAUGAGACAGUAGACUGCAUAGUCCAGUCAAGCUCUCUCCCAGUCUCCAUUAUAAUAGUUGGCAUCGGAGAUGCCAACUUUGAUACAAUGGAUUUUUUGGAUGCUGACGAUGAGAGACUAUUCUCAAGGAAAUAUCAAAAAUUCCAAGAAAGAGAUAACGUCCAGUUUGUAGAAUUCAACAAAUAUAAAGAUAACCCUCACCUUUUGGCACAAGAAACCCUUGAAGAGCUUCCACGUCAGAUGUUAGAUUUUUAUCAGAAAAGAGGCAUCAAGCCUUCAGAUCUUAAGAUGGACUAUGUUGAUAUGGAAGCAAGAGAUUACUUCUCUGCCAAAGGAAUGGAGUACUCUCAGAAACUGAGUAAACUCAACUAUGGAACUGAUAUUGCCCAAGUGAUGACUCAAGGUAUCCCCUUUAUCGAUGAGUAAUCGCUUCAGUUUAACAAGUAAA